AUGCCUCCUACUCAGUCUGAUGAUGCCAAAUGGGGGAGAAUGACGUUGACACUGAUAAUAUUUCUUGACACUGACACCUCUAGUGUUGAUGCUGAGAGGAAGCAACAUAUCCCUCAAGGGGAACCAGGUAACAUUGAAUCAAAGGAUGAUGUUCCCCUGCACAAGAAAACGAAGGCAAAAGUUGAUUCUACUUCCGACAGUAGCUCAUCUGAGAAGAAACACAAACAUAUCAUUGUGUCUAAAAUGGUAAGCAUAUGGGGUGUGUCCGUUGAAGAGGCUAGAGAGUUUGCCCGACAACACAACAUUCAAACUGCAAAUUGA